ACACAAUAGCAUUCAGUACACCAGGGUUGUGGAUUCCAAUCAGCGUCCAAGCGCAAUCUCAGAAAUACCCUCAGGAUUUCUCUGAGCAACAGCAGAGAUAGCAGUGAGCACCAAGCGGAGUUGCACCGGCAUCUACCGUUAUCUUCAUGGCUAAGUUCGGUGUCAUGGAGAAUUCCCCAACAUAUCAUGUCCGUAUUGCCAUCGUUUUGCUUCUGAUGUGUGCGACGGAGCUGGCGAUUGGUGCAGGCCAGUCAGAGGCCAUGCCUGAGACCUGUAUGACCAGGUGGUUGCGAUUGGCACGUCCCAGCGAUGGUAGCGCAGCCAUACAAGCACGCGAAGACUUGAUGUCGCGUGCAACACCUGCCUUGGACGAAAGCACCAUUCCCAGCACAGAUCCUUUGACUGUAAAGCUGUAUCAAGGUGGCAGCACUGCAGCAGCGCGAUACCUCGCCCAGUGCAUGAGUGACGGUGGUCCCCGCUGCCCGGCCGACAGGCCCUGCCUAAACGCUGGCAAAUGUCUGUAUCAGCGCACACCCACGGCUGGAUAUACGUGCCAGUGCAGGCCAGGGUUCACAGGGCAGUUCUGCUCAACAGCUGUAUCGCGUUGCACUCCUGGCCGUUGCCAUAACGAUGGAACGUGCAUCCCGUCGCACAACGGAUACAGGUGUCUCUGCAGAACCCUAUUCAAUGGACGCCGUUGCGAAAAACGUUGGCUUUCAGCAUCCAUAUUCACAAACCUCACCUCCACCCUACAUCAGAUCACCCGCGACGUGGCCAGAAACGGUCGCAACGACGCACUUGUGAAGCAGGACGUGGCUGAUCAGGUUUCAAAGUUUCUGUCCAAUGUGGGCAGGCAGUUCAACGCAUCUCUCCUGAAAGUACAGCGAGAGCAGACUGCUGCUCUGCAAAGCGUUCAGAGGAAUGUAGAGGAGUUACAACGAUGUAAUCCCGCAUCACUUGGCUUCGCUUAUACAACCCAUACCAGAAUAUCGCUUGCUGUUGAGCAAGUGGCUAGCGUCCAGGUCACCAAGACGCGUGAAUCCACAAUUCUGAGGAUCACUUACUCAACCUCCAUUAGGGCUCUUGGAAGUGCAAAAGGUUCAACGUGGUUUGCCAAAAUUGACGGUAAAGAGUGUACUCAGCCAUCACGUAUCAAUAUCGCCCACUACCGACGAGACGAAGAUGACGUACAACUUCCUGGAUAUCUGGAAGGUCUUUGCAGAGCGACAAGCUCGGGACCAAUCGCACAAGGCCGUCACGUGAUCACAAUUCACUCCGGAAAACUUUCUUCGUACAAUCAUGGCGCUCAUUCAGGGUGGGCGGCACCAUCUCUUCUGCAAGUCAGGGAGAUCUGUGACCAAUAAAAAUGUUUCCUCGCACAGGGGACGCUGGACAUCAUCAGAGUGUUCUCUAGAUUGUCAUGCUUUUGAUGACGCUCUCACACGGUUUGCUUGCCGACUCCUCAAUUUAUUUCUAUGUAUGUAGAUUCUGGUGUUCAGCUAUGACUUGUACUAUCUAACUUAACCACAAGAGGUUCUCUUUGGGAUUUGUAUUCUAUCUCUUUUUAACACGUAGAAUCAGUACUCUUGCUGCCUAUUAUGCCUGCACACAUGAAUGAUUCCUAUUGUUUCCCUGAUCCAA